UUUGCUAGACAUCAUUCCAGUCAUCUUCGCCCGACCAGAAGACCAAAGGAAAGUGCGUGGCUCAGGGCCCUGGUAAUAUUUGCUAUAUUUGGAUAUUGCGCCGCUUGAUCGGUGAUGGAUGCCUGUGCCUUUUCAUCAUUUAUCUUCGAGUGCAGCGGGCUAAUGGAACGCUGCACCCGGCCAGACUGUUGGGCCAUUUUCGGGUGGAAUAAUUAAAAACGUAAAUUAAGCCCCAAAUUAAAAGCGAUUAAAUGUCACGCAAAAUUACACCUCUAAAGCGAGCAUUCAGUUAUAAAAGCCGCUGACUUCUAAAUGGAUUUACCCCUGGCAUUGCGAAAAAAUGUGCUUUCAACUGUUCGCAUUUCUGCUCCUCCUUCUGACCGUUUGGGUGACGGGCAGAAGUACUCCAUCGGAGUUGGAUGAAGACUGCGAAUUGAAUUCUGUAGAUACAAUGCAUGAUUUCUGCUGCGACCUGCACGAUGAGAGUCCCCAGUUUAGCGAUUGCCAGAUGGAAUGGCACGAAAAGAUUCAAUACCAGACGGAUGAAGAGGAGCAGACGUACAUGUUUUGCACCGCAGAGUGCAGUUUCAACAGUACGCACUUCCUAGGGAAGGACCGCCGUUCACUGAACCUCAAUGAGGUAAAGGAGCACUUGGAAAGCGACCUGGUCAACGAUUCGGAUAUAGAGCUUCUCUAUGGCACCUAUGUCAAGUGCGACAAGCAUGCGCUCUCACUGUUGCCGCACAAGGGAGUGAAAAAGAUGGCCGGACGCCUCUCGUACCAUGGCUGUCAUCCAUAUCCCGGGCUGGUCCUCGAGUGCGUGGCCAACGAGAUGAUCCUGCACUGUCCCACUAAGCGGUUCCGUCAAACAGCCCAGUGUGAAGAGACCCGCAAUCAUUUGAGGCAGUGUAUGCAGUAUCUAAAGUACAAAUCCUAGAUGUGGGGUUAAUACAUAGGCACCAUUUGCAGCUUA